AGACUCCCUCCUUCUCACUGUCGCAGCCCAGAUCGACGGUCGGGUGGCGGCUCGGUGAGCCCCUGCUGCAGGGAACAAGCAAAGGGACAUCCAGGAGCCCAGGGCUGCCAAGGGGCGCCCACCCACCCUGCCCCGAGAACCCCCUUCCCAAGGUCGGGGACAGAGCAGGUGCAGAGACACCGCAGCCGCUUGUUACUCAGCCUCCUGAAUGAUGCCAGCCCAAGGUUCCCUAACCUCCAGCCUGGCCCUCCUGGUGCUGCUGGGCACAGUCAGAGCAGGGCCUUUCUCUUCACGGUCCAAUGUGACACUCCCAGCCCCACGGCCUCCUCCCCAGCCAGGAGGCCGCACAGAACAGCCAGGAGGGGGAGGCCCUUCUUCUCAGCUUUAUGAGCACACCGUGGAAGGAGGGGAGAAGCAGGUGGUGUUCACCCACCGCAUUAACCUGCCCAAUUCAGGUAGCUGUGGCUGUCCCCCAGGCACUGAGCCCCCCGUCCCUGCUUCAGAGGUGCAGGCCCUGAGGGUCCGGCUGGAGAUCCUGGAGGAGCUGGUGAAGGGGCUCAAGGAACAGUGCACUGGGGGAUGUUGUCCUGCUGCUGCCCAGGCUGGCACAGGCCAGACGGACGUGCGGAGCCUCUGCAGUCUCCAUGGCGUGUUUGACCUGAGCCGCUGUGCCUGCUCCUGCGAGCCAGGCUGGGGUGGGCCCACCUGCUCAGACCCCACAGAUGCUGCGGCGCCCCCCUCCUCUCCCCCCUCAGCUUCCCGGUCCUGCCCAGAUGACUGCAAUGAUCAGGGUCGCUGCGUCCGUGGUCGCUGCGUGUGCUUCCCUGGCUACACCGGCCCCAGCUGUAGCUGGCCCUCCUGCCCGGGGGACUGCCACGGCCGCGGGCGCUGCGUGCAGGGCGUGUGCGUGUGCCGCGCGGGCUUCUCCGGGGCCGACUGCAGCCUGCGCUCCUGCCCUCGGGGCUGCAGCCAGAGGGGACGCUGCGAGAACGGGCGCUGCGUGUGCAACCCGGGCUACACUGGCGAGGACUGUGGGGUGAGGAGCUGCCCCCGAGGUUGCAGCCAGAAGGGGCGCUGCGAGGACGGGCGCUGCGUCUGUGACCCUGGCUACGCUGGCGAGGACUGCGGCUCUCGGAGCUGCCCGUGGGACUGUGGUGAGGGCGGGCGCUGUGUGGACGGCCGCUGCGUGUGCUGGCCCGGGUACGCGGGCGAGGACUGCAGCACGCGGACCUGCCCCCGCGACUGUCGGGGCCGAGGGCGCUGCGAGGAGGGCGAAUGCAUCUGCGACCCAGGCUACAGCGGGGACGAUUGCGGAGUGCGCAGCUGCCCGGGCGACUGCAACCAAAGGGGCCGCUGCGAGGACGGCCGCUGCGUGUGCUGGCCUGGGUACUCGGGGCCCGACUGCGGCGCCCGCGCUUGCCCGCGCGACUGUCGGGGCCACGGGCGCUGCGAGAACGGCGUGUGCGUGUGCAACGCGGGCUACAGCGGCGAGGACUGCGGCGUGCGCAGCUGUCCCGGGGACUGUCGCGGCCGGGGUCGUUGCGAGAGCGGCCGCUGCGUGUGUUGGCCCGGGUACACAGGCCGGGACUGCGGCACGCGCGCCUGCCCCGGCGACUGUCGCGGGCGCUGCGUGGACGGCCGCUGCGUGUGUAACCCGGGCUUCACAGGCGAGGACUGCGGGAGCCGACGGUGUCCCGGGGACUGCCGUGGUCGCGGCCGCUGCGAGGAUGGCGUGUGCUUGUGCGACGUGGGCUACGAGGGCGAAGACUGCGGCGUGCGCAGCUGCCCCAGGGGUUGCCAAGGUCGCGGCCAGUGUCUGGAGGGGCGAUGCUUGUGCGACGACGGCUACGAGGGUGAAGACUGCGGCGUGAGACGGUGCACGCGCGACUGCAGCCAGCGCGGCGUGUGCCAGGAUGGUGUGUGCGCCUGUUGGGAGGGCUACACGGGCGAGGACUGCAGCCUCCGUACCUGCCCCUCCAACUGUCACCGGCGCGGCCGCUGUGAGGACGGGCGCUGCGUGUGCGACUCUGGCUACACCGGCCCCUACUGCGCCACCCGAACCUGCCCGGCGGACUGCCGGGGCCGUGGACGUUGUGUGCAGGGCGUGUGCGUGUGCCACGCGGGCUACAGCGGCGAGGACUGCGGGCAGGAAGGGCCUCCCGCCAGCGCCUGCCUUGGGGGCUGCGGGCCUCGGGAACUGUGCCGCGCAGGCCAGUGUGUAUGCGUCGAGGGCUUCCGGGGCCCCGACUGCGCCAUCCAGACGUGUCCCGGGGACUGCCGCGGUCGGGGAGAGUGUCGUGAGGGCAGCUGCGUCUGCCAAGAUGGCUAUGCAGGGGAGGACUGCGGGGAAGAGGUGCCAGCCGUUGAGGGCCUGAGGAUGCACCUCCUGGAGGAGACGAUGGUUCGGACAGAGUGGACCCGGGCUCCUGGCAAUGUGGAUGCCUACGAAAUUCAGUUCAUCCCCACGACAGAGGGGCCGAGCCCCCCAUUCACAGCACGGGUGCCCAGCUCUGCCUCAGCCUAUGACCAGAGAGGACUGGCCCCCGGUCAGGAGUACCAGGUCACUGUCCGUGCCCUUCGAGGGACUAGCUGGGGCCCUCCUGCCUCCAAGACCAUCACCACCAUGAUCGAUGGCCCCCAGGACCUCCGAGUGGUGGCUGUGACGCCAACCACGCUGGAGCUCAACUGGCUGCGCCCCCAGGCCGAGGUGGACCAGUUCGUGGUGUCCUACGUCAGUGCCGGCAACCAGAGGGUGCGGCUAGAAGUGCCCUCUGAGGCAGACGGGACGCUGCUGACCGGCCUCAUGCCAGGCGUAGAAUACGUGGUGACCGUCACUGCCGAGCGGGGCCGGGCAGUAAGCUACCCGGCUUCUGUCAGGGCCAACACAGGGUCCUCCCCCUCAGACCUCCUGGGGGCCACUGAUGAGCCUCCUCCCUCAGGCCCUUCAACGACUCAAGGGGCUCAGGCCCCUGUCCUGCAGCAGCGACCCCAGGAGCUGGCAGAGUUGAGGGUGCUGGGCAGAGACAAGACAGGGCACCUCCGUGUGGCCUGGACUGCCCAGCCUGACACCUUUGCCCACUUCCAGCUGCGCCUACGGGUGCCCGAAGGGCCUGGGGCACAUGAGGAACUACUGCCAGGGGAUGCCCGUCAGGCUCUGCUGCCCUCACCCCCUCCUGGAUCCCCCUAUGAGCUGUCACUUCGUGGGGUGCCCCCCGGGGGCGAGCCCUCUGCUCCUCUCAUCUAUCAAGACAUUAUGGACAGGGAUGCGGAGAAGCCUGGGCAGCCCUUGGCCCCGCCACACCUGGGCAAGCUGAUGGUGACGGACAUGACUUCCAGCUCCCUGCUUCUGCACUGGACGGUCCCUGAGGGCGAGUUUGACUCCUUCGUGAUCCAAUACAAAGACAGGGACAGGCCCCAGGUGGUGCCUGUAGAGGGACCCCAGCGCUCAGCCCUCAUCUCCAACCUGGACAUCGGCCGCAAGUACAAAUUCGUCCUGUACGGGCUCGUGGGCAAGAAGAGGCAUGGCCCCCUGGUGGCUGAAGCCAAGAUCUUGCCUCAGACGGAUUCCAGCUCAGUGACUCCACCUCGCCUGGGAAAGCUGUGGGUGACAGAUCCCACCCCAGAUUCGCUGCACCUCUCCUGGACUGUCCCUGAGGGCCAGUUUGACUCCUUCGUGGUCCAGUACAGGGACAGGGACGGACGGCCCCAGGUGGUGCCCGUGGAAGCCCCCGAGCGCUCGGUCAUUGUCUCCCCGCUGGACCCUGACCACAAGUACAGAUUCACUCUGUUUGGGAUUGUCGACAAGAAGCGGCACGGCCCCCUCACGGCCGAUGGUACCACUGCCCCAGAGAAGAGAGAGGAGCCCCGCCACCCAGAGUCCCCUGAGCAGCCCCUGCUGGGGGAGCUGACAGUGACCGGCAGCGCCCCAGACUCCCUGCGCCUGUCCUGGACGGUGGCCCAGGGCGCUUUUGACUCCUUCAUGGUCCAGUACAAGGAUGCGCAGGGGCGGGCCCAGGCAGUGCCCAUCAGGGGGCAUGAGAAUGAGGUCACCGUCCCCGGCCUGGAGUCUGACCGGAAGUAUAAGAUGAACCUUUACGGGCUUCAUGGCAGGCAGCGCGUGGGGCCUGUGUCCGUGGUGGCCACCACAGCCCCGCAGGAAGGCGUGGACGAGACCCCCAGCCCCACAGAGCCCAGCACAGAGGCACCAGAGCCCCCCGAGGAGCCCCUCCUGGGGGAGCUGACAGUGAUAGGAUCCUCCCCGGACUCGCUGAGCCUCUCCUGGACCGUCCCCCAGGGCCACUUGGACUCUUUCACCGUCCAGUACAGAGACAGGGACGGGCAGCCCAAGGUGAUGAGGGUGCCUGGGCACCAGGACGGGGUCACCAUCUCGGGCCUGGAGCCAGACCACAAGUACAAGAUGAACCUGUACGGCUUCCAUGACAGCCAGCGCGUGGGCCCCGUCUCUGUCAUCGGGGUGACAACUGCAGAGGAAGACACCCCCAGCUCCACAGAACCCAGCACAGAGGCCUCGGAGGCCCCCGAGGAGCCCCUCCUGGGGGAGCUGACGGUGACAGGAUCCUCCCCGGACUCGCUGAGCCUCUCCUGGACCGUCCCCCAGGGCCACUUCGACUCCUUCACCGUCCAGUACAAGGGCAGGGACGGGCCCCAGGUGGUGCGUGUCGGAGGCGAGGAGAGUGAGGUGACCGCUGGGGGCCUGGAGCCCGGGCGCAAGUACAAGAUGCACCUGUACGGCCUGCACGGGGGGCGGCGUGUGGGCCCUGUGUCCACCGUGGGCGUGACCGCUCCACAACCAGAAGAGACUCCCGCAGCCACCGAGCCCCCCCGGGAGCCACGCCUCGGGGAGCUGACAGUGACAGAUGUGACCCCCAGCUCCGUGGGCCUUGCAUGGACAGUCCCUGAGGGCCAGUUUGACUCCUUCGUGGUCCAGUACAAGGACAGGGACGGGCAGCCCCAGGCGGUGCCUGUGGCCGCAGACCAGCGAGAGGCCACUGUCCCUGGCCUGGAGCCCGCACGCAAAUACAAGAUGAACUUGUACGGGCUACAUGGUGGGCAGCGCGUGGGCCCCCUCUCUGUGGUAGCCAUGACUGCUCCGCUCUCUCCAGCCCCGGGCACAGAGCGCCCCCUUGAGCCACGUCUGCGGGAGCUGACAGUGACGGACGUGACCCCGGACUCCGUGGGCCUCUCCUGGACAGUCCCCGAGGGUGAAUUCGACUCCUUCGUGGUCCAGUACAAGGACAGGGACAGGCAGCCCCAGGCGGUGCCUGUGGCUGCAGACCAGCGUGAGGUCACCAUCGCCGGCCUGGAGCCCGGCAGGAAGUACAAGUUCCUGCUCUUUGGGAUCCAGGACGGGAAACGCCACAGCCCAGUCUCUGUGGAGGCAAAGACAGUUGCUCGAGGUGACACCAGCCCAGGAGCCCCACCCCGUCUCGGGGAGCUGUGGGUGACAGACCCCACCCCAGACUCACUGCGCCUCUCCUGGACAGUCCCCGAGGGCCACUUUGACUCCUUUGUGGUCCAGUUCAAGGACAGGGACGGGCCCCGGGUGGUGCCUGCAGAGGGCCACGAGCGCUCAGUCACCAUCGGCCCUCUGGACGCCAGCCGCAAGUACAGAUUCCUUCUCUACGGCCUCCUGGGCAAGAGGCGCCGUGGCCCCCUCACCGCCGAGGGCACCACAGAGACCCGGAGAGCUGUGGACGAGGCUGGAACAAAACCACGUCUGGGGGAGGAGCUGCAGGUGACCAGCGUGACAUCAGACUCCGUGGGCCUCUCGUGGACGGUCCCUGAGGGCCAGUUUGACUCCUUUGUGGUCCAGUAUAAGGACAGAGAUGGGCAACCCCAGGUGGUGCCCGUGGAGGGCAGCCUCAGGGAGGUCAGUGUCUCAGGCCUGGACCCUGCCCGCAGGUACAAGCUGCUGCUCUACGGGCUAUACAAGGGCAAGCGUGUGGGUCCCAUCUCCACCGUCGCCGUGACCGCCCCCAGGGAAGAAGUCGAAGCUGAGACUGAGGCCCCCAGCCCUCCAGCAUCUGAGCCCCGUCUGGGGGAGGUGACUGUGGAGGAGGGCACCCCACACACCCUGCAUCUCUCCUGGACCGUGACUGAGGGAGAAUUUGACUCCUUUGAGGUCCAGUACACAGACGAGGAGGGGAAACUCCAAGUACUCCAUUUAGGGGGCAACCAGAAUGACAUCACCCUCUCUGGCCUGGAAUCCGACCACAGAUACCUGGUGAGCCUGUACGGUCUCCACGAUGGGCAGCGUGUGGGUCCUGUGCACGUCGAGGCCCUGACAGCCCCAAAUGAGGAAGAGAAUGAACCUUCAGAAUCUCCCUCUACCACCCCUGAGCCUCACGUCACGCCUCGCCUGGGGGAGCUGGCAGUGACAGACGCCACCCCCGAAUCCCUGAGCCUCUCCUGGACCAUUCCCGAGGGCCAGUUUGACCACUUCCUGAUUCAGUACAAGAACGGGGACGGACAGCCCAAGGCUGUGAGGGUGCCAGGGUACGAGGACGAGGUUACCAUCUCGGGCCUGGAGCCAGACCACAAGUACAAGAUGAACCUGUACGGCUUCCAUGACAGCCAGCGCAUGGGCCCUGUCUCUGUCAUCGGGGUGACAACUGCAGAGGAAGACACCCCCAGCCCCACAGAACCCAGCACAGAGGCCUCGGAGGCCCCCGAGGAGCCCCUCCUGGGGGAGCUGACGGUGACAGGAUCCUCCCCGGACUCGCUGAGCCUCUCCUGGACCGUCCCCCAGGGCCACUUCGACUCCUUCACCAUCCAGUACAAGGGCAGGGACGGGCCCCAGGUGGUGCGUGUCGGGGGCGAGGAGAGUGAGGUGACCGCUGGGGGCCUGGAGCCCGGGCGCAAGUACAAGAUGCACCUGUACGGCCUGCACGGGGGGCGGCGUGUGGGCCCCGUGUCCACCGUGGGCGUGACCGCCCCUAAAGAGGAGCCCCCUGCCAGCCCCCCUUUGAAGCCACAGCUGGGAGAACUGACUGUGACGGACGCCACCCCUGACUCCCUGAGCCUCUUCUGGAACGUCCCCGAGGGCCAGUUUGACCACUUCCUGGUCCAGUACAAGAACGGGGACGGGCAGCCCAAGGCGGUGAGGGUGCCGGGGCACCAGGACGGGGUCACCAUCUCGGGCCUGGAGCCAGACCACAAGUACAAGAUGAACCUGUACGGCUUCCACAGUGGCCAGCGCGUGGGCCCUGUCUCCACUGUCGGUUUAACUGACUCAGAAAAAGACCAAGAAAUGACCCCAGCCCCAACAGACCUGCCCACCACAGCCCCCAAGCCUCCCGUCAAGCCGCACCUGGGGGAGCUGGCAGUGACAGACGCCACCCCCGAAUCCCUGAGCCUCUCCUGGACCAUCCCCGAGGGCCAGUUUGACCACUUCCUGAUCCAGUACAAGAAUGGAGACGGGCAGCCCAAGGCAGUGAGGGUGCCAGGGCACCAGGACGGGGUCACCAUCUCGGGCCUGGAGCCAGACCACAAGUACAAGAUGAACCUGUACGGCUUCCAUGACAGCCAGCGCAUGGGCCCCGUCUCUGUCAUCGGGGUGACAACUGCAGAGGAAGACACCCCCAGCCCCACAGAACCCAGCACAGAGGCCUCGGAGGCCCCCGAGGAGCCCCUCCUGGGGGAGCUGACGGUGACAGGAUCCUCCCCGGACUCGCUGAGCCUCUCCUGGACCGUCCCCCAGGGCCACUUCGACUCCUUCGCCAUCCAGUACAAGGGCAGGGACGGGCCCCAGGUGGUGCGUGUCGGGGGCGAGGAGAGUGAGGUGACCGCUGGGGGCCUGGAGCCCGGGCGCAAGUACAAGAUGCACCUGUACGGCCUGCACGGGGGGCGGCGUGUGGGCCCCGUGUCCACCGUGGGUGUGACCGCCCUCCAGGAGGUUGUGGAGGAGACCCCCAGCCCCACAGAACCCAGCACAGAGGCCCCGGAGCCCCCCAAAGAGCCUCUCCUGGGGGAACUGACGGUGACAGGAUCUUCCCCGGACUCGCUGAGCCUCUCCUGGACCGUCCCCCAGGGCCGCUUCAACUCCUUCACCGUCCAGUACAAGGAUAAGGAUGGGCGGCCCCAGGUGGUGCGUGUCGGUGGCGAAGAGAGUGAGGUGACCAUUGAGGGCCUGGAGCCCGGGAGCAGGUACAAGAUGCACCUGUAUGGCCUGCACGGGGGGCGGCGUGUGGGCCCCGUGUCCACCGUGGGCAUGACUGAUCCAGACAACAAAGCCAUGACCACACAAGCCCCGUCCACUGCGCCCCCCGAGCCGCCCGUCAAGCCGCACCUGGGGGAGCUGGCAGUGACAGGCGCCACCCCCGAAUCCCUGAGCCUCUCCUGGACCAUCCCCGAGGGCCAGUUUGACCACUUCCUGAUCCAGUACAAGAAUGGGGACGGGCAGCCCAAGGCAGUGAGGGUGCCAGGGCACCAGGAUGGGGUCACCAUCUCGGGCCUGGAGCCAGACCAGAAGUACAAGAUGAACCUGUAUGGCUUCCAUGACAGCCAGCGCAUGGGCCCCGUCUCUGUCAUCGGGGUGACAACUGCAGAGGAAGACACCCCCAGCCCCACAGAACCCAGCACAGAGGCCUCGGAGGCCCCCGAGGAGCCCCUCCUGGGGGAGCUGACGGUGACAGGAUCCUCCCCGGACUCGCUGAGCCUCUCCUGGACCGUCCCCCAGGGCCACUUCGACUCCUUCACCAUCCAGUACAAGGGCAGGGACGGGCCCCAGGUGGUGCGUGUCGGGGGCGAGGAGAGUGAGGUGACCGCUGGGGGCCUGGAGCCCGGGCGCAAGUACAAGAUGCACCUGUACGGCCUGCACGGGGGGCGGCGUGUGGGCCCCGUGUCCACCGUGGGCGUGACCGCCUCCCUGAACACAGAGCCCCCCGUGGCACCCCGCCUGGGGGAGCUGGCUGUGGCAGCCGUGACCUCAGACACAGUGCACCUGUCCUGGACAGUGGACCAGGGCCCCUUCGACUCCUUCCUGGUCCGAUACAAGGAUGUGCAGGGGCAGCCCCAGGCAGUGCCCGUGGGUGGACACCUCCGAGAGGUCUCGGUUUCGGGUCUGGCCCCGGGCCACAAGUACAAGUUCCUACUCUUCGGACUCCAGGAUGAGAAACAACACGGUCCAGUCUCUGCAGACGCAAAGACCCUCCCAGACACUAAACCUUCUCUCCGCCUGGGGGAGCUGACAGUGACGGACGUGACCCCAGACUCCAUGGGCCUCUCCUGGACGGUCCCCGAGGGCGAAUUUGACUCCUUCGUGCUUCAGUACAAGGACAGGGACGGGCAGCCCCACGUGGUGCCUGUGGCCUCAGACCAGCGCGAGAUCACCAUCCCCGGCCUGGAGCCCAAUAGCAAAUACAAGUUUCUGCUCUAUGGGCUGGGAGGCAGGAAACGACUGGGCCCCAUCUCUGCUGAAGGCAGCACGGCUCCCCUGAAGAAGGAGCGGCAGCGCCCACCCCGCCUGGGGGAGCUGACAGUGACAGAUGAGACCUCGGAUUCUCUGCGCCUCUUGUGGACAGUGGCCCAGGGCCCCUUUGACUCCUUUGUGGUCCAGUACAGGGACACAGACGGGCAGCCCUCGGCGGUGCCUGUGGCCGCAGACCAGCGGGAGGUCACCAUAGAGGGCCUGGAGCCUGGCAGGAAAUACAAGUUUCUGCUCUAUGGGCUCCUCAGAGGACAGCACCUGGGCCCCGUCUCUGUCCUGGGAAUGACAGCCCCAGAAGAGGACAUGCCAGCACCCUCGCACCUGGCCACGGAGGCCCCCGAGCCCUCUGAAGGGCCCCGCCUAGGGGCACUGGCAGUGAAGGACGUGUCCCCGGACUCCCUGCGCCUCUCAUGGAGCGUGGCCCAGGGCCCCUUUGACUCCUUCGUGGUCCAGUAUCAGAGCACAGGUGGGGAGCCCCAGGCCUUGCUCGUGGGUGGCGACCAGAACAAGGUCCUCGUGUCAGGCCUGGAGCCCAGCACCUCCUACAAGUUCUUCCUCUACGGCUUGCGUGAAGGGAAGCGCCUGGGGCCCGUCUCAGCCGAGGGCACCACAGGGCCAGCUCCUGCUGGGCAGACCCCCGGAGAGCCAGGGCCCCGCCUGUCCCACCUGUCGGUGACUGAUGUCACCACCAAUUCACUGCGGCUCAGCUGGGAGGCCCCACCCAAGGCCUUUGACUCCUUCCUGCUCCGCUUUGGGGUCCCGUCACUGAGCACCCUGGAGCUGCAUCCACGUCCCCCGCUGCAGCGGGAGCUGACGGUGCCAGGGACACGGCGCUCGGCCAUGCUCUGGGACCUGAGUCCAGGGACCCUGUACACCCUUACGCUGUAUGGGCUGCGCGGGCCUCACAAGGCCGACGGCAUCCAGGGCACAGCCCGGACCCUCAGCCCAGCUCUGGAGCGCCCCCGUGACCUCCAGUUCAGCGAGAUCGGGGAGACGUCAGCCAAGGUCAGCUGGAUGCCCCCGCCGUCCAGAGUGGACAGCUUCAAAGUCUCCUACCAGCUGGCAGAUGGAGGGGAGCCACAGAGUGUCCAGGUGGAUGGCCGAGCCCGGACCCAGAAACUCGAGGGGCUCGUCCCAGGCGCUCGCUACGAUGUGACCGUGGUCUCCGUCCGUGGCUUUGAGGAGAGUGAGCCUCUCACAGGUUUCCUUACCACAGUUCCUGACGGCCCCACCCAGCUGCGUGCACUGAACUUGACGGAAGGAUCCGCCCUGCUGCUCUGGCAGCCCCCCCAGGCCCCGGUGGAUACCUAUGACAUCAAGGUCACAGCCCCAGGAGCCCCCUCGCUACAGGACUCAGCCCCUGGCAACGCCGUGGACUACCCCCUGCAAGGCCUUGUGCUCCACACCAACUACACGGCGACCCUGCAUGGCCUUCGGGGCCCCAACCUCACCUCCCCAGCCAGCAUCACCUUCACCACAGGGUUGGAGGCCCCCCAGGACUUGGAGGCCAAGGAGGUGACCCCCCGCACAGCCCUGCUCACUUGGACCGCACCCCAAGUCCCCCCAACUGGCUACCUGCUCAGCUUCAACACCCCUGGUGGACAGACCCAGGAGAUCCUGCUCCCAGGAGGGGUCACCUCUCAUCAGCUUCACGGCCUCUUUCCCUCCACCCUCUAUAGCGCGUGGCUCCGGGCCAUGUGGGACCGCAGCUUCACUCCCCCCGUGUCCACUUCCUUCACCACUGGUGGACUUCGGAUCCCCUUCCCGCGGGACUGUGGGGAGGAGAUGCAGAACGGGGUCAGCACCUCAAGGACCACCACCAUCUUCCUCAACGGCAACCGCGAGCGGCCCCUGAACGUCUUUUGUGACAUGGAGACCGAUGGGGGUGGCUGGCUGGUGUUCCAGCGCCGCAUGGAUGGAAAAACUGACUUCUGGAGAGACUGGGAGGACUAUGCCCGUGGCUUUGGGAACAUCUCCGAGGAGUUCUGGCUGGGCAACGACGCCCUGCACAGCCUGACCAAAGCCGGCGACUACUCCUUGCGCGUGGACCUGCGGGAUGGGGACGAGGCCGUGUUUGCCCAGUACGACUCCUUCCAAGUAGACUCGGCCGAUGAGUACUACCGCCUCCACCUGGAAGGCUACCACGGCACUGCAGGGGACUCCAUGAGCUACCACAGCGGCAGUGUCUUCUCUGCCCGUGACCGAGACCCCAACAACUUGCUCAUCUCCUGUGCCGUCUCUUACCGAGGGGCCUGGUGGUAUAAGAACUGCCACUAUGCCAACCUCAACGGGCUCUACGGGAGCACAGUGGACCACCAGGGAGUGAGCUGGUACUACUGGAAGGGCUUUGACUUCUCCGUGCCCUUCACGGAAAUGAAGCUGAGACCAAGAAGCUACCGGCCCCCGGGCAGGGGAGGCUGAGCCGCUGCUCACCCCUCCAGCGCCCUACUAUGACUGCCGAGCACUGAGGGGUUGCGCUCAGAGAAGAGCCGAGGGCCACCUUCACCAUCCAAACACCGGAGGAAGCCUUCUCCACCCGCGAUCUCACAGCACCAUGUUUACAGGGGGGAGGGAAGGGGUUUGUACGGGAGCAAUAAAAGGAGAAACCGAG